AGAGCAAGAGAUUGAGGAAGGGAGGGCUGAAGACUGUAUGGGAGACGGAAUAAGGGGAGGAGGGAGGUAUCGAGCACCGAAAUACACUAUAGCAGGAAUUGUCACAGAGAUGCAGAGGGUCUUUCCAUGAAAGCGGAAACACUCUCACGCUCACACCGCCGGUGAAAGUUUUGUGGAUAACAGCCUUGUCAGAUGAACUCACAUUUCGAGUGACCUGCGAGAAGAAGGAAACAUUUUUUGUCUGUGUCUCCAUCCAUCUCAUGAGCAGCCAUGCCUGUUCUCUCACCUACCACAGGUUUACAUGAGAUGCUAGCACUCCUCACUUCCCAGCUGCAUCCAGAAGCAAAUCAUAAGGAGGAUUUGGUUUUCCUGAGGGAGGUCUUCAGUGAGAGGAGUCUAAGCUAUCUUAUGAAAAUUCAUGAGCGACUAAGGCAGUUCCACCUCUACAGUCCGACCCCUGUGCUCCACAGCGCUUCCUGCCUGGCUGAAGACGUCGCAGAGGAGCUACAAAACGGAUCACUGGAAGAAGAUGAGAGAGAGCUAUUAGCACUUCUUUCCACUCCACACAUAAAGGCAGUGCUAACAGUACAUGACACGGUGGCACAGAAGAACUUUGAGCCAGUGCUCCCUCCUCUGCCGAAUGAUCUGGAGGAUGAACUGGAAGAGGAAUCAGUGAAAAUUGUGCGUUUAGUGAAGAACAAGGAGCCUCUUGGUGCAACCAUCCGCAGGGACGAGGUAACUGGGGCGGUGGUGGUUGCUAGGAUCAUGAGGGGCGGCGCUGCAGACCGCAGUGGUCUGGUCCAUGUUGGAGACGAGCUGAGGGAGGUCAAUGGAAAUCUCAUUAUACACAAACGUCCAGAGGAGAUCAGCCAGAUUCUGUCUCAGUCUCAAGGCUCGAUCACUCUGAAGAUAAUUCCUGCCAUUAAGGAAGAGGACAGGUUCAAGGAGAGUAAGGUCUAUUUACGGGCACUGUUUGAUUACACACCGUAUGAGGACAGGGCAACCCCCUGUCAAGAGGCAGGACUACCUUUUUUAUGUGGGGACGUCCUGCAGGUUGUGAGCCAAGACGAUCCAACGUGGUGGCAGGCCAAAAGAGUGGGAGAUAGCAACCUGCGUGCCGGCCUCAUUCCUUCACGACAAUUCCAAGAGAGACGGCUGUUGUAUAGGAUGAAAAUGGGAACACACCAGAGCCCUAAAUCACCUAGAGCAACACCAUGUGACCAAACUUGUGAAAAAGAGGACUGUGACAGUGAGAGCAGUGUCAGUGGACAGCAUGUAGCUGGUCUAAGAAGAAGCUUUAGGCUGAGCCGCAAGGAUCACCAGGGUUCAAAUAAAGAGUCUCAUACACCAGAGUCCACAGAGAAUGAAUUCCUCAUAUAUGAAGAGGUGACCCUACAUCAGAUGAGACUGCAAGAUAAACCAAGGCUUGUGGUACUUAUAGGAUCUCUUGGAGCUCGGAUCAAUGAACUGAAGCAGAAGGUGAUUGCUGAGAAUCCUCAACGGUAUGGAGUCGCUGUGCCACACACAACAAGACCCAGAAAGAGCCAUGAGAAGGAAGGUGUAGAAUACCACUUCAUCUCCAAGCAGGCAUUUGAUGCUGAUAUUCAGUCUAAUAAAUUUAUUGAAUAUGGUGAAUAUAAGAAUAACCAAUAUGGGACAAGUUUGGAGUCAAUUCGCAGUGUCCUGGCCAGAAACAAAGUGUGUCUGGUAGAUGUUCAGCCUGAGGCCCUGAAAAUCCUCCGUACAUCAGAGUUUAAGCCGUAUGUGAUCUUCGUAAAGCCACGCAUCCCUGAGAUCCGGCGGCAUCGCAGCUCUCCCACAUCACCAGAAAGGGGCGACAAUGGACACAUUACAGAGGAAGACCUGCUGGACAUGAAGCAUUCAGCCGAGCAAAUGGAACAGCAAUAUGGCCACCUAGUGGACAGGGUCCUGAUAAAGGAGGACUCUGCUAGUGCCUGUGUGGAGCUGAGACUUAUUCUCGAAAGACUUGAAAGGGAGCCACAGUGGGUGCCUGUCAGCUGGGUCCGGUCUUGAUCCUCGCUGCUCCCUUUAAUGGGAUAGAAUACCCAAAAGUUACAAUUCUGUCAUCAUUUACUUCCCCUCAAGUAGUUAUAAAGUUUAUUUCUUCUGUUGAACACAAAGGAAGAUGUUUUGAA